CAGCCGUAGUUAAGACUGCAUAGCUCGACCUCAGGAGGAGCUGAAAAGGCUUGGCUUCCUCUCCUUUCUCAGGAAGCAGAAAAGAACAUUUUUGGACUCUCAGGCUACUGGCAGAAGUGAUGAAGCUUUGUGAUUAAUGGGAUAUGAGCAGGGCACAAAUAGUUGUCAUUCAGAGCUCUGGAAGACAGAAACACAGGGUAUGCCUAAGGACUCCCUCUGCAAGCUUAGUUUUAUUUUCCACGUGGUUCUUUCUGUAAGUUCACUCAAGCUCCAUCUCAAAGUAAAUGAGGCUCUUUCCUGACGUGCUCUUCAGCAGUUGGUGCGUUUGUGCCCUGUUGACAGGAAAACUUGGUGAAGAGAACGUGCUUUUGUGGAGCUCGUGGCACAGGGAGCACACCUGAGAGUGGUUCUUGCCUUCUCCAUUGCCUGAGUGCUCCAGUAGUGCUGUGGUAGAUCAUCCCCCACUACUCCCAUGGUUAAGUGCUGCUCUUCCUCAGCUGGCUUUCUGCAAGUGUUCCCUAAAACUUGUUCUGCUCUUGAUUUAUGUGUCAUUAUAGUGUUCUGCUAUGUGGCCUCGAUCUGUAGAGUCAUGCUUGCCAGGGUGAGGGUAGCGUCUCCAAAAAGAGCUGUAUUUGGUAGUAGUUGAAGCACUGAACGAGAUCCGGGGGAGGCUCAGGAUCCAAAACUGAGCACUCGAGCAGGCCAGGAAGGACUGUAGCUUCCAGGAUGCCAGACUGGCCAAAUGUGAAUGUUUCUGGCUACAUCCUGAGUGUUGCUGCAGGUUCUCGGAGGGGUGUGCUGCUGCGCAGAGGUCCUUGAAGUUGUCUCAGUCUUCCGCUGCCGUGUCUCAGGCCUGUGGGCCAGUUUUUGUGCUGUGGGAAGCUGAUCUUGCGUCACAGUAUGGUGGGAGGCUGUUCCUUCCUAGACUGGGUUUUCUUCUGUAAAAGUUGGGUCACCCAAUCCAGCAUCACUCGAAAAGACAAUGCUUUUCAGCGUGGGUGGUGGCUGCUGCUGCUCUUUGACAGCAAGACCACCUCUAGUUCUCAAGAAGCAGUCAUCAGGCACCCACUGGCCAGAUGCCCUAGUCCUCUUGCCUGGUGUGCUGGUAUCUUUUUAUUUCUGUUCUUUGCUCCUGACUGCUUUGGAGUUGUUAAGGGAAAGUCUUAACACUUGUCAGUAUGACCCUGAGGUCAGUAUUUAUCCCUUGCAUUUGGCCCAGCUCUGGGCUCCUCCCUUAUUCUUCAGCACUGCAGGUCCUGAGGCAGGCCGCAGUCCUACAGCAAGGUGAUGUUGGAGAGACAGAUGUGCAGGCUGCUUGUGAUGAAGGCGUGAGUCAAUGGUACUUAGUGCAGUCGGCUCUCUUGUUGUGUAAUGCAUCGCAAUUUUAAACGUUUGUUCUCUUUAUUUUGGUAGAAAAUAGCUUUACUGGUGAGUCAUGAAGCACUGCCAGUAUUCCCAUACAAGACAGCUUGUGGAGAGUGGGAACAUCAGCAUCCUGAUGUGCCGUCUGUAGUAGUUUUCGUACCCAUCACAGGGAAGUUCUGCCACCACCUCUCAUGUGCACGGUGACUUCUGAGGCUAGUUUCUCUGCCACCUGAAGUUAACCAUCAAAGAAGCCAUCCCUGCUCUUCCCACUGCCUUUUUCCUGGGCUGAUAGCCUCAGACCGUGUUCUACUGGUAGCUGUAACCUCACAGGAGCUGUGCCACCAUCCUGCUGUCUCCAUCCUUGCAUCAGCUCAGACGUUUGUGUAGCUGGACGGGUCAUCAUAAGGAAGUGGACAGCCAGGAUUUUUGCCCCGUGGCUGCCUGACCGCUGCUGAGCUGCAUCUGCCAGCCCAUGUGGCUCUCCCCAUGCUCCAAGAGUGCAACUGGUGCCCAACGCAAUGUGUGUUUGUCAAACCAUGGAAGUGGGCAAGCAUGGCAAGAAUGCCACUCGAUCCGGAGACCGGGGGGUCCUGCUGGAGCCUUUCAUUCACCAGGUGGGCGGCCACAGCAGCAUGAUGCGCUACGAUGACCACACUGUCUGCAAGCCACUCAUUACCAGAGAACAGCGCUUCUAUGAAUCCCUGCCCCCGGAAAUGAAGGAGUUCACACCUGAGUACAAAGGUGUAGUGUCUGUCUGUUUUGAGGGAGACAGCGAUGGCUACAUCAAUCUGGUAGCGUAUCCUUACGUGGAGAACGAGGCUUUGGAGCAGGAUGACAUGCCAGAGAGGGACCAGCCACGACGCAAGCACUCGCGUCGGAGUCUUCACAGAUCAAGCAGCGGCACUGAGCACAAGGAGGAAAAACCUGGCCUGGCCAGUGACAGCACUGAAAGCAACAUCCAGGAGACAAGGAGUCCCAGGGUGGACAUGCACAUCCACUCAGAUGUUCCAUUUCAGAUGUUGGAUGGGAACAGUGGUCUGAGCUCUGAAAAGAUCAGCUAUAACCCCUGGAGCCUGCGCUGUCAUAAGCAGCAGCUGAGCCGCAUGCGGUCAGAGUCCAAGGACCGAAAACUCUACAAGUUCCUCUUGCUGGAGAAUGUGGUGCAUCACUUCAAGUUUCCCUGUGUGCUUGAUCUGAAGAUGGGGACCAGACAGCACGGAGAUGAUGCCUCUGAGGAGAAGGCUGCUCGGCAGAUGAAGAAGUGUGAGCAGAGCACUUCUGCCACCUUGGGUGUGCGAGUGUGUGGCAUGCAGGUCUAUCAGCUGAACACAGGGCAUUACUUAUGCAGGAAUAAAUACUAUGGACGCGGUCUUUCCAUCGAGGGCUUCCGCAAUGCCAUCUACCACUAUCUCCACAACGGCGUAGAGCUGCGCAAGGACCUCUUUGAGCCUGUCCUCACCAAACUCCGAAGCUUGAAAGCGGUUUUGGAGAGACAGGCCUCCUACCGCUUCUACUCCAGCUCCCUUCUCAUCAUUUACGAUGGGAAGGACAACAGGUCGGGGACGUUUGUGGAUAUCCGGCCAGAGACGCGCCUGAAGCGAACGGACAGCUCCCUCCCGGAGAACCUUCAGGAUGGCGGCAGCACAGAGCCCGACUCCUCGACCCAGCCCAAGGUGGAUGUGCGUAUGAUUGACUUUGCACAUAGCACCUUCAAAGGCUUCCGUGAUGACCCCACUGUGCAUGAUGGACCUGACAUGGGCUAUGUAUUCGGCCUGGAAAGCCUCAUCAACAUCAUGGAACAGAUGCGUGAAGAAAACCAGUAGCCCUGGGCCACAGCCUCUUGUCCUGGUGACUGGAGCCGACAGGACCACCUACUAGCACAGGAAAAAGCAGACACCUCCAUUUUAAAAACAAUUAUAUUGCUCCAUUGUUUUUUAAAUGUACUUGGAUAGAAGAGCUGAGGGCAGGCAGGGUGGAAGAGAGCGCCUCGUGCUGACCAGCUGGUUCUGACCACAUUACCUCUGCCUUCUGGAGGAGGUUCCAGAGAUGCCUACGGGGUGUUGGGUGGCCUGGUUCUUCGCUCCUUAUGUGUGUACUGGAGGGAGGGCCUGGCCUUGGGGCAGAGAAAGCAGGGGAGCGCAGGGCUCUUGGGGGGGGUUGGAGCUGGGGCUUGAAUAGCCUCCUGUCUAGGGAGCCCUAGGAGGAGCCUACGUUUUGAAAUUCCCUUAGGUUACGUGGAAAGGGCGCUGGAGUAAUGGCCAGCAGCAGCUGGGGAGCUGAGGGGGAGCAGCAGGCACGCUGCUCUGCACGCUAGCUCUGCCCUGGGUUUUGCCGAUGGGCCUUGGCUUUCGAUGCUGCCUUUUCCUUCUGUUUGGGCACUAUGAAUAAUCAACCCAACUGUGGAAAUAAAAUGACCAACUGCA